UCACUCACGCACCAGUCGAUGGCGACCCAUGAACCUGGCCCGUCUAUUUCCAUGCACAACGUUGCGUUCGUCCAUCGCCGACAAGGAGUUAGGCUCGCUCUGCUGAAGGAAUACCUGUCGCACCUGGAUAACCACUCGGACUGUCCGGGAUAUCAGCUUGAGCGCAUGCUGCUCGUCACA